CGACAACUGCGCGAGCUGUGGCCACCAGACUGCCAUCAGAUUGGCUCGUGCAAGAUAGCUUGCAGACGAAGAUAAUGCUAAAAAGGUAGCCCUCUAGAUGCCGAGCCAGCUUCUCUCCCUCUUCGGGCCGUUACCUGCUCGUAAGCUUGAAGAAUUUGUACUUUCGCUACAAGCGCUCGCUGGUACACACGUUCAGCAGUUCAAGACGUACACACAAGUCUUGAAGGAUGAGGCAACGCCGAGACCUAGUGACUGGCUUCGUCUCAGUGCGAGUGUGCCUAUGGAUGCUGAAGAUGCGUCAUGGACACAGAAGGCUACAUUCUCUAUUGAUAUGAUUGAUUCGCCAGAAAUGGUCAAGCGGCCCGUCACUGUGCGUACAGUGCAUCAUUGUCCAGUGUAUGAGGGAACAGCAGACCAGUUUCUUGCACAGUUGGGAUUCAAGCAUCACUAUGCCUACAUCGAACAAGGCUACCGACUCACCCUGACUCACCGGUUGACGGUGUCCAUCUAUCAAGUCUGGAAACCGCUCGAGCACUUGAAUCCCGUGAAUGCCACGCUGGUUGGUGAUGAACAAGUCUGGCUUGUGCAGUGUGAUUUCACGACGGGUAAAGCAGGGGAUGUGAUGGAGCUGAACAGGGGCGUUGCUGGGCUUGUUCAAUUUCAGAGAGAGGUUGCAGGGUAUGUGAGUCUGCAGGCAAAUAGCGAGCAACUGAGGUAGACUGCAAGUAUACACCUAUAGAUUGACAGCAGCACAAUGAGUAGACACAGAAGAUACGUG